AGAGAGAGAGAGAGAGAGAGAGAGAGAGAGAGAGAGAGAGAGAGAGAGAGAGAGAGAGAUGCCUGUUAUGAGGGUGUGUUCACGACCUGCUUUUCCGAGGGCGAUGCGGUUGUCUUUUUGUGCCCCGAUCGGGUGUUGCGCGGGGUGUGAGACAGGAGCUGCGUGGCCAUUCCCACAAGUGAGCUGCGCGAGCGCUUCUGCGGGCACCCCUUCCGCUCAACCUCCGCUCCGCUCCGGCUUCCGCAGUGAGGGGAAAGCCAUCGUCUCCGAUAUCAUGCUCGCGCAGUCUGUGCGCACGACUGCGCGUGCCGUCGGAACCUCGUUGGGACCCCGUGUAUGGGGUUCGCAAUCAUCUUCAUCAUCUAGUUGCAGAAGUGGAGCUCAGUGUUAUACUAGUAAUAAUGGCUCUACUCGUUGUCGGGACCCCGUUGCCACGUGGCAUGCGUCUGCCGCACAGAGACAGACGACGCGAUUGCAGCUUUGGGCAGACGAUCGGGACCUCUCCGGUCAUGCCACCAACCAUCAGCAAAUCUGGUGCUCUUAUUCGUUGCCGUCAAAACUUAUUACUACUGGUAAGGAGUGUAAUCCACGUGGAUCUCGCUUGAUGAUCGAAGGUCCACGUGGAGCUCGCUUGAUGAUCGAAUGGGAGAGAGAGAUCACUCUAACCCUGAACACUAAUUACCCCACGAGAGGAGGAGGAGGAGGAGGAGGAGGAAGAAGAAGAAGAAGAGUUGAAGGUGCUGGCUAUGGCGGACGCAUCUUGUCGGCCGUUUGUAGAGGUAGGAGAAACGAUGAAGUCCCUGUCACUCCUUUCAAGGGGUAUUCUUGUCAAGCGGCGCAAUUGCAGGGGUACAUUGGUGAACUAGUUGAAGAGGACAACGCUGACGCUGUUGAGAACAUCAGUGCGGCCUUCAUGGACCCUAUGCCAGCUGGCAUGGAGAAUCGAGCAGGAGGAGGAGGAGGAGGAGGAGGAGGAGGAGGAGGUGAUAGCUCUUCUGCUCCUUCUUCUCUGUCUGAUUCUCUGCUUUCGUCACAGGGGAUAGCAGAGUCUACAGGUCUGCUUACGUGGCGGUCGUCUUCAGAAUGCGUCCCGACCCAAUCUCCAAUCAACAGCAGCCGUCAGAUGACGAGAUCUAUGAUGGAAUACUGUGUGGUCAAUUUUUACCAUCUGACUUGCAUAGAAGAUUCUCCUGCUGAGGUGGCACGCCACCGGGAAUUUUUGAAGGGGCGGGACAUUCGUGGCCGCAUAUAUAUCGGUUCCAAGGGAAUCAAUGCACAGCUCAGUGGCCCUCCCAGCGAUGCGCUGGCAUAUGCAGAGUGGGUGAAAGCGGACCACCGAUUCUCAAAUCUCCGCAUCCAAGUUUCUCCAUCGCCAAUCGGACAUGCAUUUCCAAGGCUACGGUUGCAGCACAAGGAGGAACUUGUACAGGUUGUUGGUGGCACAGAGAGCUUGCCUCUAUCUGACCCUGCAUCCAGAGCUACACCCCUCUCCCCAAAGGAGUGGAGGGAGAAGAUCGUCACAGCUGUGGCGGAAGGCAACUUUAUAAAAGGACAUGCAAGCCCUGCGAUUAAUCGACCUCGGCUUCCGGAAGUAGUUCACUCCAUCCAGUUGUCGGAGGGACUGUCCUCCUCCAGAAGUUCGUCGUUCUCUGAAUCCACAACACCUUCAUCUUCAACUGUUUCAACACCUUCAUCUUCCUCAUCCGAAGGGUCCCCUCCUGUCUCCACCGAAGGGUCAUUUAGACUCAACAAGGGGGAUGAAUCACUGGCUGAGGCUAAUGAUACAGGAAAAAGCGAAGUGUCAGGAACUUGCCGGCAACGACUCGACACCGCAGAAGCAGAAGAUUCUGGCAGCGUCUCUGUUGCGGAAGAAACAGCAACUGGGGAGCUAAGUUCAGCAAGAAAGAAUCUGAGGAAGCUUCUCCUUCUUGACGUCAGGAAUGGGUACGAAUGGGAUCUAGGUCACUUCAAGGGCGCAGUUCGACCCCCUGUCGAUUGCUUCAGGAGCACCAAGUUUGGUCUGGAUGACGCCGCUGAAGAGGGGGAAUCCGACCCAUUGGCGGGGAUCGACAAGGAGAACACAGAUGUGCUGAUGUAUUGCACAGGGGGAAUCCGCUGCGAUGUCUACUCGACAAUGCUUAGGGAACGCGGUUUUCAAAAUCUUUAUGCACUUGAGGGGGGAGUCGCAAACUACUUGAAGGAAGAGAAUCCUUCACUUUGGAAGGGCAAUCUGUAUGUUUUCGACGCUCGGCUGUCAGUCCAACCUGACAUGUACAAACUGCAGCAGAGUUCAGAGAUCGAAAGUCGUGACAGAGAAGCAAAUGAUGAUGUCCCGGAGAACAUCGCUGAGGUGCUGAAGGAGAUCGAUAAGCUGGAGGGAGACGAGGAUGUGAGGUGCCACGUUUGCAGGGGUCCCGUGGAAAUUGCCCGGCAUCGGAACUGUGCCAAUAUUGACUGCAACCGGCUAUUCUUCUCUUGCCCAGCAUGUUCCGAAAGGGUGCGAGGGUGCUGCUCAGAAGCAUGCCUAUCAUCCCCGCGUGUGCGGCCAUACUUGCCUCAGCCACAGGUAUUCCAGAAGUGGCACGUCUAUCGCUCAGCAACAGAAUCGGCUAAUGGGUCUCACCAUGGCGGUCAAAGUUUACUGAAGAAGUUACGCCGGAAGAAGGUCGAGGAACACGACGGACAUCUAAAAUUUCUUAAUGCAAUUGAUUGCCAGCAGGAGGCAGAGGCAGAUCGAUGAUCGGCGGCCGUGUUGCUGAGAAUGAUGUGAUACGGAAUUUACGAACUCGUGGGGCCGAGUGAGAGGCUGGGAGAAGGAAAUGUGUCUGCGUAUGUGUGUGUGUGUGUGGUGUGUUCUGUGAGGUUGUGUCUGUAUGUGCGUGUGUUGUCAUGUUCGCUGUACACAACUCUACAAAGAAAAUAAGAAUGACUGUGCCACUGUUUCCUGUGCCAGACGGUUUCGUCGGACUUUCACCGACUCGUGAGGAGGUCGAACUGUAUGUAUGUGUGUGUGUGUGUGUGUGUGUGUGUGUGUGUGUAGUGUGUGUGUGUAGUGUGUGUGUGUGUGUGUGUGUGUGUGUGUACAACACAUGAAGAAGUGUUCUUAACUCUCAAGUAUGCGACGUGCUUGGUUUCGCGGUCCAAGUCCGUCGAUUUAGGCUCCUUCCCCUCUGCUCGUAGGUGCGUAGUGUGGUAGAGUGUGUGUGUGUGUGUGUGUGCACGUGAGUGUGUGUAGCCGGUGAAGUCUGAAACACGACUGGAGUGGGAAAGACCCGUUAGUACAUCAGAGUUGAGGCAUGAACAGAAAAAAGACCAGCGUAGCGGUGUGGGAAUAUGUGGAAAGAGCGUGUCUUGGUCUGAGAGACCAUUGCCGACUGGCGACAGCUGCUAUUGGAGGAACCUUGUCGUUGUCAAGGCAUGUAGACUCCCAUCAUCUCUCUUGUUGGAGGAGCGUUAUCUUUCUUGAAGAACAUAGAUAAUCUGCCAUCAUCUCUCUCCUUAUCUUGAUUGGUUCUUGCUACUAGAGGGACUUUCUGACAUCUAGCACGGUGUACUUAGUCACUCCCUGGAACCUACAUAGUCUCCCCACUGUUUGCCGCAGUUGGUGCUUGCCGCUAGAGCGGCUUCGGACAUCUAACAUAGCCUCUCUGAUCUUCCCUUCCCUUCUCUUCGCCUCAGUUGCUGUUUGCUCCUAGAGGGCCUUCAAAUAUCUGACAGGACACAUUUUCUUGCUCUCUGGGGUCUCUCUUUCCUGCGUUGCAGCAGGCACUCGCCUUUCAUCGCGUUCCCGGUGAUUGUCAAAGGUUUACAGCAGGGAUGUGUCGUCGUUGUCGUUACGGCACACGGCAGGAAUGCGGUCGUAAACGGAUCAUUAACGGACAGAUUCACCUGGUAAUGGGAUUCCAUUCCAAAUUCACUCCAAAAUCCAUGCUGGAUUGGGCCCAAGGUGGGCCCAAAACUAGCCAAAAUCAAUUGCCAAAUUGAGC